UUGGAUAUGCUCUAAACGAGGUCAAAUAUAUAGCGUCAUUUCCAUCCUUGCUGGCUCGUGCGAUACACCAUUACAGGGUCUCCUUGAGAGUUCAAAAAUUCAGACCACCUGUUUUUGUUUUGGCGCCAAAUAUCAAAUCCCCAGCGAAAGGGAUUUCUCUUUCAGAUCUGGUUUCGUAGAAUUGGGACAUGGGUUCGAAGCGCAAGAGAUCCAAGAAGCUCCCAAACCGCGCAGUAGAAGAAACCCCAACUCCGAAUCGCCUUCCCCCACUCACCUUCCAAACCCUAAUCUCUGCAAUUGAAGCACCACAGGGUCUAAAGGUGCCGAUUUUGAAACGGAUAUACGCACUAGUGGUUCCACUGUCUUUACAGGAACCAAUUGAUUGGUCUAACGCUGAAGGCAGUUGUAAUUAUUUUGGCAUUGAACUGAAAUUGGAAGGUCUGCAAUGUCUCAUCCAUUGUUUGUUCAAAGAGCUAGAUAAGCGGCUUAAAUUCCUAUUCUCUGCUUUAUCUGAUGCCUCUGCAAAUAGAGCUCACAAGCACACUGACUCUGACAAAGAUAUGGCGGUCGAUGUUGAUGAACUAACCCUGCUUUUAAGAUGCUGUGUAUCUUUGAGCAUGGUGGACCCAAGUUUAGUAAUGGAGAAUACCCAAUUUCUUCUUUCGGUUCUUGGGAAAUUGAUUGCUUUGGUUACAAGUGGAUGCAGUGAGAAAGAGUCUGUCAGCUUUCGGAAGUCUGUUUCUUGUGAAUGCACGUAUACUGAUGCUGGUGGAACCUAUGUUUCCAAAGACUUUGUUGCUUCCUUAUGUUUCUUAGAGCCUUCUAAUCUGCGGCACCCAGUUCUCUGUGCAUUGCUUGAGAUAUUUGCAGACGAACUUUUAAUGCGGAGACUGUUAAGAAAGUACUUUGUGGCUGUUGAUUCUGCUUCUUGCACAAAUGAAAGGUUAUUUAAUAACCUUGUUAAAAGUGAUAUUGGAAGUGUUCUGGAGGUGAUUUCUGUUCACUUUAUUUUAUCAGUUUAUGAUGAGCCAGCAUCUGAGAACUUUCUCAAAAGACUAUACUUGCAAUUCAGUAAGAAUUUUAGAGGUCCUGAACUGAGCCUGACUGCAGCAUUGCCUCUGCUUCUCAACCCUAUCAUGCUUUCUGCACCAAAAAUGUUACAGACUCAUUUCAUUUUAUUAGUUUCUGAAGCAAUAGAUAUAGACACCUCUUUGAAGAAUGUUAGACCAGAUCUUAGAAAUAUGGACUGCUACCUAACAGCAUUUGAAAGGUCAGUUGUUUUGUACACUAGCCACAUGUCUAGUUCACUUAUGGAUCACCAUCCGUUGGGUGUUAGCUGUUCUCAUGCCAAUUCAUGGAUGCUAGGGAGUCAUCAUCCGUCUUUUGAAUCUUGUAUUCAGCAAGGAACGAGAGAAAAAAUUUGUAAUCGAGUGACCCAUUUAGGUUCCUUGAGGCAGUUAACAAAGUCUGGUAUGAUGGCUGCUUCUACUGCAUACAUAAAUGAGAACCAACAUAUUUUCAAUGAAUCGUGUAAAGAUGAUAUUCUGUCAGUCUUACAUAGGAUAAUACAUGGAGCUUCAUCUUCAGAUGCCAAUCAUAACGUGUUUUAUAGAAAAGGGGAUACAAACCCAGAAGACAUUUAUCUUCUUGCUUCGAUAUUGAAGUUAAUGAGUAGUUCCUUGUUGAAAGUUAUUUGGUGCCUGAGAAAUGGUGGGAAUUCGGGGUAUCCGCAAACCUUAAAAGAUGCUUCUUCACUCAAGGAAUAUGAUUUUGUGGUGGGUAUCAUUGGCUGCUUUAUUCAAUUCAAUUUGUCUCUACCUAAUCAGAAGUUCUUAUCUGACAUGAUGAAAACCCGCCCGAUGAUACAUAAGACUUCCAAGUGGAUCCUUCUGCAUUUUUUGGGCUUGCUGUCAUUAAGUUUUGCUAGCGGGAUUGAUUUCUUAGUUAAGGGCUGCAUAUCAAUAAUCAUGGCAAUAUUAAACCUAUGUGCUUUUGAAGAGGGUGAUGUAGUUGCACUGAGGUCAUUCUUAGAUCCUGGUUCACAAUCUGUUUCAUCUGAAUUGCCUGCUGAUAAGGUUACACAGGCUGUGAAGAAACAGAAAUCCAUCAGAAAAGUUGCAUCGAAGUUUCAGGAGACUCAAAAUGUUUACUUGAGCAAACAUUCUGCCACACGCCACCAUAAGAAAGCACAGAGUGAAGUAGCAAAAACUUCCGAAAAUGCAUGCUUCAUGAGCUGCACAAGAGAGUUUAGUGAUAUCAUGGAGGAGGAAACAGAAGAAACCUGCACUGGGGAGAUGUACCUCAAUUGCACACUAGCAGGCUCCAAGAAGUCUGACCUUGAUGAUUUGGCAGACUUCAUUGUGUGCAAACCAGGGAAGGAGUACUCUAGCUGGUUGAAAGAUCGAGAAAAGUAUCGGUCUUGGAAAGUAAAAAAAGAGGCAGUUGUAAGGUGGGAGAAAAGGAAAAGGACUUAUCGGAAAGUUAGAAGUAAAAGAUCGUAGACAGUCUGUUACAUAGCUUGUAUUUAGCUAGGUAGACAAAUGGUGAAAGACGAGACAAAUAUACGACAAUUCAAGCCAAGUUUUAUUUAUUAUAACUAGCCUUCCUCCA